GGGCGAGUGUGGCGGCGCGGCGCGCGGAGUGAGGAGGCCGCCGGACGGCGACCGGUGCCUCGAGCAGAGCGGUGCACCGCGCGAGUGGCGAGUGCUGACAGAGGGAGAGAGACGGACUGGCGGCGGGCAUGGACCAGCAGGGAGUCGAGACCAGGAUAAGACACGAGUGGCCACCGGCGCACCAGUCAGCCUGGUAGCUCCAUCUAGAUCAGCUAAAAAGCGGCGAGGACUAUUUUUGGCCCACCCAGGCAGCGAACAGGUGUAACGGCGAUUGCUGACUGUCAUCCCGCCACAAAAACACGGCUGGGUGGAAGAGGAGGGGCCCAUGAUGUUUCCCGUUGUGUUCUUCACUCUCAUGAUCGGCUGUUCAGACGGUAACCGGCUGCGCCACUGGGCUCACAGCGGCUCCCUGUUCGACGGCCCGUCAGAGCACGCGCACUCGCACACUCAGCGGAGCACCUCAGCGAACGGUACAGAGACGAACACGACUGCGCAGCUGGGCACGCCAGCGUUCCUGCACUGCCGCCAGCCGGCAUCAGCACAGACCGCCGACGGCAGGCCCACAGAGGUAUCGUGGCUGCGGCGCCGCGACUGGCACCUGCUCACCACUGGGAAGACGGUGUUCACCAGCGACGAGCGCUUCCAGAUCUACCACGUCAAGGCGGACAACGACUGGGUGCUCAAGAUCAGCUUCGCGCAGCUGCGCGACGAGGGCCUGUACGAGUGUCAGAUUCCUACGGACAAGGGGAAGCUGUCAUACUUCACGCGUCUGCGCGUGGUGCAGCCCGUGGCGACAAUCGAGGGCACCGGGCUGUACCACGUGGAGCGUGGCACGUCCAUCAGUCUCAGCUGCGUCAUCAGAGAGGCACUCACUCCGCCGACGUUCGUGCAUUGGCACCAUAACGACAAGGUCCUGAAUCCGUACAACCUGCGCAGUGAUAUUCAGGUGAGCGUGGAGCACGAGCCCCGCCAGACGCGCAGCACGCUGAACAUCACUGAUGUGCGGGACACGGACAGCGGCAACUAUAACUGCUCGGCCGACAACACGCGGCCGGCGUCUGUGCGCGUCUACGUCUCAGAAGGUGACAAGAUGGCCGCCAUCCAGCGGCGUAACGGCGGCAGCGCGGCCUCCUGGCUGGGCGGCACGGUCACGCUGGCCGUGAUGCUGGCGCUGCUCGUGCAGACGGUGCGGUGAAACAGGCGCGGUCGCUGGCCGUGCCGCCGACGCGCCGCUAACGACGACGCCGACGCGCCGCAGCAGCCGGCGCCGGCGGUCGAACUGAGCGCGCGGGACAGCGUGUGAGGCGCGGCCGCGGCGGCCGCAGCCCGCCCGCGGCCCUGCACGGACGGCAAGCGGCCGCGCAGGCA